UUUCUAUUUCUAGCCUUCAAUGUCCAAUUACUGUUAUUGGUAAUGAACAAAAGAAAUUGGAAAAGAAAAUAAAGGGCAAGAGCAAUCUGAAAAAGGAGACGCUGCUUCUCAAGCACAAAUUGUUAAGAAGAAGAGAAAGAGAUGAAGCUGUGGAAUAGGGCUUCUGGAAAUCUGAAAGACAGGAACAGCAUAUGGAUGGCAAGUAUGUCAAGGAGGAGCCCCAAUCGGAACCCUGAUCUGGAGGCGGCCAUCAUUAGAGCCACCAGCCACGAUGAGACAUACGUGGAUUACAGGAACGCCCAGAGAGUGUUUGCAUGGGUGAAAACCUCGCCCGCCUACUUGAAGCCUCUUAUAUGGGCACUCUCAAAGCGGAUGGAGAAGACCCGCAGCUGGGUGGUGGCCCUCAAAGGUCUGAUGCUCAUGCAUGGAGUUUUCUGCUGCAAAAUUCCCAUCAUGGAAAAGAUCGGCCGCUUGCCUUUUGAUCUUUCAAACUUCAGCGAUGGCCACUCCCACUUAUGCAAAACAUGGGGUUUCAACAGCUUCAUUCGUUCUUACUUUGCGUUCCUAGACCAAAGAGCCUUCUGGUUAGACAUGGAUACAAAGGAAGACGAAGAACAAACCCAAAAAACCAACGAGUCCAUGCUGCAGGAACUCAUAAAGCUCCAACAAUGGCAGACUUUGCUCGACAUGCUACUACAGAUCAAACCAGAGGCUGCCCAAAUGAAUGUGGGUCUGAUUCUUGAAGCAAUGGAUUGUAUCAUCAUUGAGAUUUUCGACAUUUACAGCAGAAUCUGCAAUGGGGUAGCAAGAAUCCUCGUAAAGAUACAUGCAGCUGGGAAGGUAGAAGCAAACAUGGCACUUAAGGUUCUCAGAAAAGCCACCGCCCAAGGCGACCGGCUUUCCCUAUAUUUUGAACUUUGCCAGAAUCUCGGUGUUCGUAAUGCAUCAAAAUUUUCAAAAGUGGAGAAGAUCCCACAAGAAGAUAUACGGGAACUAGAGCAAAUCAUUAAUGGAGUGUUGGAAGAUAAAGCCAUAGUGGUGAGACAAAAGGGAAGCAUUGAAGAGGGUAAGGGCACCGAGGGGUCUCCGAAGACGGUCAUCAGUAAAAAGUGGGAGCGGUUUGAUGAACAACUAAGAGGCAAUAAAGAAGGAAUUGGGGCUCCCGAUGGAGGGAAAAUGAUUGUUGCACAAAACCCUUCCACAGCCACAUGUAAUUCUAGGCCUCAUGAUCAACCUCUUCCUGAUUUGAUUACUGGGCUUUUUCCACCUGCUCAAAUUUUAGAGAAUGUACAAUGAUUUUCACCCUUUCCCUUUUUUGCCCUUUUAGAUUUGUAUCUUGAGAUUGCCAUGCAUUUUGACGGCGAGGAAGAGCAGCAAAUUGAUUAUAAGUUCCAUCUCCCUUCUUUAAAAAUCUUCGGAAUCUUUCUUCCCUCUUUCCCUAAAUGCAGAAAGGGCGUUAACCUUUUACGGUUUUAGUGUUUUCCUUUUGUGUUAUCGGGUAAACUUCAAAAUACAGUGUGUCUUUGGACUAGGAAUAGAGUUAGAAGUUUGGUUCAGCUCAUAUGGGGGGACAACCAAUGAAAAUUCCAGGCUGAGCUCCAAGAACCCAACCCACACUACAUAUUUUCUAGUAUUAAUGGAUGGGCAUACAUAUAUUUGGGUAUAGAACAUUACAUAUAAAGCAUAAU